CAUCUCCACCACCAACUUUCCACACCCUUCCUUUUCUCUUCCUUUCUCCUCUCCUCCGUUCUCUUCCCUCCCCUCGCAAGACUCAACUCCAUUUCUUGAGUCCUAAAUGCCCAUAAACCCUAUCUACUACCAUCCCCCACAAGCUUGGUCCUGGAAGCCACCAAUGAACCCUCACCACCAACCCCAGCACCACUACCAAGUGGAGGAGGAGGAGGAAACCCAGUAUGAGAUCAGAGAGCUCAUGUUUGAGAAGCCCCUCACCCCAAGUGAUGUGGGCAAGCUCAACAGGCUGGUCAUUCCCAAACAGCAUGCCGAGAAGUACUUCCCCCUCGAUGGAGAUUCGGGCGACAAAGGCCUGCUACUGAGCUUCGACGAUAUCGAGUCGGGCAAGUCAUGGUGGUUCCGCUACUCCUAUUGGACCAGCAGCCAAAGCUAUGUGCUCACCAAGGGUUGGAGCCGCUUUGUCAAGGAGAAACAGCUCGACGCAGGUGACGUGGUCCUCUUCGAGCGCCUUCGGACAGGUGGUGACCGCCUCUACAUUGGUUGCAGGCGCCGUGGCGCUCCGCAGGCCCCGCCGGUUCCAACCGUGACCAGGUCCAAUGCUGCAGUACCCUGGAGUCCCGUGUACUACACAGCAGCAGCCUCGAGUUCCUACAUGUACGUUAGCUCAGUGCAACAAGACUGUCUUCUUCAUGCAGGAGAUGGAUCAGCGGAGAGAGCGGCACCGGCAAACUCGAAGCGGCUGAGAUUAUUUGGUGUGAAUUUGGAAUGCGGCCCGGACUGGCCGGAGCCACAGCCGGUGCAACCAGAACCAUGGUUAACAGGCCAGAGCCCCAAAGCCCCCAGCUCCCAACUAUAGUGUACAAAUUGGUCAGCAGGAAGUCCAAGAAAAAAGUGACUAUCACUUUUGUUUAAGGUGAUGCUUUGCAUUCCCGUAGCUUAACUGUUUGCUUGCUAUAUUACAGGUUGGGCUUUUAGAGGAAAGCUUAAAAGUACUGGUGGAGGAGAUGAAAUGGGGGGGAGAGAGAGGAAAGGAGAUUGACUUGUGAGGGAACCAAAGGAAGGGAUGGAAGAGAAGAGAAGGGAAGAGCUGGGAGGAAAAAAAAGAAAGGAGGGAUGGAAAAGGGGGAAAAGAAAUCCCUGGUUUUCCGGGCAAUCUCCACUUCCUUUUUAUUUCCUUUCAGGAAUUCCACUGUACGGGGACUGUCGAGGGAUUGGGUGAGGUCUCAGGAAACAUCAGCUUGGAAAGGAGCAGAUACUUGUAGGGCCCAAUAACUUUGGCAGGGAGGUGAGCAUGGCCCAUCCCAACUCUCUGUACACUUGUAAUCUUUUUGAAGGAAAGAAAUAAAAAGAAAUGUAAUGAGAAUUU